ACUCCCCCUUCCACCAUGUUGGAUCAGGAAGUAGGCUGAGUCGAAGAAGCUUGAGAAUCCGACGGCUUAAACUGUUAACGGCUGCUUUUGACUCCUUCCGCGGGCGAUUUUUCCACACACACGCACAAAUUCAACAUAUUUAACAUUCAGCGUACAUGCUGGGCGGCUUUCUACUCACUCGAGGAAGCCACUUUUCUCCGGAUCGUGCCGUUUCGCAGCGCCAGCUAUGGCUUCUCUGACGCAGAGAACCUCGGGCCUCGUCCAGCGGAGGACCGAGGCCACCCGUAGCGCCGCCGCCGACAGGGAGAGGGAGCCCGACGGGGAGGAGGAAGACGCGCGCCGCGGCGAGGAGGAAGAGGACGACAAGGGGGACUCGAAGGAGACUCGAUUGACACUAAUGGAGGAGGUGUUGCUCUUGGGCCUCAAGGACCGAGAGGGCUACACGUCCUUCUGGAACGACUGCAUUUCCUCUGGCCUUCGAGGGUGCAUGCUCAUCGAGUUGGCUCUCCGGGGAAGGCUACAGCUGGAGGCCUGCGGCAUGAGGAGAAAAAGUCUGCUCUCUCGGAAGGUGAUCUGCAAGUCUGACGCCCCAACAGGAGACGUGCUGCUGGAUGAGGCCUUGAAGCACAUCAAGGAAACUCAGCCUCCAGAGACUGUCCAGAGCUGGAUAGAACUGCUAAGUGGGGAGACCUGGAAUCCUUUGAAGCUGCAUUACCAGCUGAGGAAUGUCAGGGAACGUCUGGCCAAAAACCUGGUAGAGAAAGGUGUCCUCACCACAGAGAAACAGAACUUCUUGCUUUUCGACAUGACCACACAUCCACUCACCAACAGCACCAUCAAACAGCGCCUCGUCAAGAAGGUGCAGGACUCCGUCCUGGAGAAGUGGGUCAACGAUCCUCACCGCAUGGACAAGCGGGUGCUGGCCCUGAUCCUCCUGGCCCACUCUUCAGACGUCCUGGAGAACGCCUUCGCUCCACUGCAGGACGAGGAGUACGACCUGGGCAUGAAGCGGGUGCACACGUUGCUGGAGCUGGAGCCGGAAAAGGAGAGCACCAAGCCCAACUGCAAUGAACUCAUGUGGGCUGUGGUAGCCGCCUUCACUAAAUGAGAUGGAAGAACCUUCUAUUUUUUCUUUUUUUCUUUUUUUUUAAAGUGAGCCGUCAACCCCUGAAGGACCUGUGCAUUAUUUAAUCGGCUUGAAGGACUUCACCAUAAACAAGACAAUUUAGUUGGGGGGGGGGGGGGGGUCCACAUGAUUAUCCUAAUUGGUGGUGGUGGUCUUCACCCAAUUAAGGUGGUGGUUGGGGAACCUUCUCUAAAUGAUCAUGGACUCUACUCAGCGAGCAAAAGCGGCGUAUAGGGUUCGCCAUGUUGAUUAUAUGAAGACUUCAAAAGGAGGAAGGUAGAGUGCAAAACUUUUAAGAAAAGGACAGCCAAUCAGGAGGCUGACCACCUUCUUUCCCAUGACGCCUUUCAUGUCCAUGUUCACCUUGGAUUCUCCUUUCUCCCUCACGACACCCUGAGGAGGAAAGCGAGGACCACUUCCUGUCCACUUCCAAGCGAGUUGGUACUCGUUCGGCCCUAAUCGGCCCACGCGUAGGAUUCAUUCAAAGCUCAUUAGUUUCUUGCUUAUGCGUUGCGCUUUCAGAACUGGACUUCAGUUUUCGUGUGAGAUAACGAGUAGUUUUGCCAUUUAUCAACUAUUUUGCACAGUCGAUAGCGCCGUAGGUAGCUUGGUGCGAUGAGGAAGAUUGGACAACAAAUGUUUUACACACAGCUAUCGAUCUUUACGUCAUUCCUCUUAACCUUCUGCACAAUGCGAGGGGCGGUUCAUCCAAAUGACGCCAGACGUUCCCUGAAUUUAUUGCGCAGAUGUUUUUGUCACUACUUUGUUUGCAGGUGAGGCCAUGUUGUGCCGUGAACAACAACGUCCUCACUGUGACGUUUUAGUCGUUUGAGAUGUCUUUAGGGCCCCCUGUUUUGUUUUUAUUCAGGCGGACUUGUCCUUCAAGUCUUAGCCUUCAUCUUUUUUUUCCUGUACACAUCACAUAACCAAGCGUCAUCUCUAAGUAUUUGGCCCAGGUUGGUGCCAGGUGGCUCCGCCCUUUAUCAACAAAAGGGACCUCAUUUUUUUUUUUUUUUUUACUGUAGGUCUAAUUAAAACAAAACAAAAAAGCUUAAGGUGUGGCUUACGUAUGUCAGAUUGUGUGUACACGGUCUGAUGGCAUUAAUACGUCCUUCCUUUCCUGCAUAGCCACACCCAAAGGUGAAAGAAGGGCUGUUUGCAUGCAGUGGAUUUAGCUCGACCAGGCGAGACGGCAUCUUAUGUAAUUAUUAACUCAUUUUACGCGUACGAUCUAAUGAAAUUCUACAAAAGGGAUCUUCUCUCCUGUAUCUGUAUGCUUUUGUAUUACCACACAGAAAAUAAAGUAAGGAUCCUUAAAGUGCCUGAA